AUGUGUCCCUUAGGUGUCCCCCUGUCGCCCGUGUCUUCAGUGGUGGUCCCCUGUGCCUGGGUGUCCCCUGUGCCGUGUCCUCGUGGUGUCCCCUGUGUGCCGUGUCCCCCUCCAGUGCUGUUCCCCUGUGCCGUGUUCUCACGUAGUGUCCCUGUGGCGUGUCUCGUAGUGGUCCCCUGUGGCACGUGUCUCACGUUAGUGUCCCUCUGUGCCCUGUCUCAGUCAGUGGUCAUUCUGCUGGCCGGUCUCCCAGUAAGUGCCCCUCCUUCUGUUGCCGGUGGUCUCCCAGUUGUGGUCCCCUGUGCCUCAGUAGUGUCCCCCCUGUGCCGUGUCUCAGUAGUGUCCCUGUUGCCUCGGUGUCCCCUUGCCGUGUCUCAGUGGUGUCCUCUGUGCGUGUCACAGUGGGUGUCCCCUGUUGCCGUGUUCUCAGUGGUGUUCCCCUGUGCCGUGUCUCACAGUCCCGGUGUCCUCGCUGCGUGUCUCAGGGUGGUGGUCCUGUCCGUGCUCAUAGUGGUGUCCUGUUUUGCCCCCGUGUCUCUCAAGCUGGUGGGUCCUUCUGUGCCUGGUGUCCUUGUGCCGCGGGUCUCAGUGGUGUCCUCUGUGCCGUGUCUAGUGGUGUUCACCUGUGCCGUGUCUCAGUUCGUGUCCCCUGUGGCCGUUGGUGUCCUCUGUGCCGUGUCGCAGUGGUGUCCCCCUGUGCCGUGUCGCAGUGGUGGUCCCUGUGCCGUGUUCUCCAGUGGUGGCUUUUCCCCUGUGCCGUGUUUCUCAGUGGUGUCCCCUGUGCCGUGCUCUCAGGUCUCCCCGGUGUCCCUGUGCGUGUCCGCCAGUGGUGUCCCCCUGUUGCGUUCUCCAGUGGUGUUCCUUCUGUGGCCGUGUCUUCAGUGGUGUCCCUCUGGUGUGCCGUGUCUCAUGGUUGUCCUCUGUGCCGUGUCUAGCUGGUGUCCCUCUGAUGAUGUCUCAGUGCGUGUCCUCUGUCGCGUGUUUUCAGUCGCGUGUCCUCUGUGCCGUGUCUGCAGUGCCGUGUCCUUGUGCCGUGUCUCAGUGGAGUCCUCUGGUGCCGUGUCUCCAGUGGUGUCCUCUGUGCCGUGUCUCAGUGGUGUCCUCUGUGCCGUGUCUCCCCCAGUGGUGUCCUCUGUGCCGUGCUUCAGUGGUGUCCUCUGUGCCAUGGAUCUCAGUGUGUCCUCUGUGCGUGGUCUCAGUGCCGUGUCAUCUGUGCGUGUCUCAGUGGUGUCCUCUGUGCCGUGUCUCAGUGGUGUCCUAUGUGCCGUGUCUCAGUGGUGUCCCUUGUCCGUGGUCUCCAGUAGUGCCCCUGUUGCCGUUCGUCCUCUGCUGCCGUGUCUCGGAGUGUCUCUGUGCCGUGUCUUCGGUAGUGUCCCCCCUGUGCCGUUAGUGUCCUACUGCUGCGUGUCUCCAGUUAGGUCGUCCUCUGUGCCGUUUGGUUCUCAGUACGGCUGUUCCUCUGUGCCGCUGCUCCCAGUAGUGUCCUCGUCGCGUGGUCUCAGGUAG